CUCACUCCCUCCUCCGGCAGCGAUCGAUGCGGCCUUCAGCCGCGGGGGACUAGGCAAGGAAGAAGGAAGGAGAGGGCAGCGGGGCCGCCUGCAGCAGGAGGCUCGGCGGGGCCGGCGGGGCAGAGGCGAGAUCGAGUAUAGCCAGCGGCUCCCAGCCUCGGUGCCUUUGGGACAGACACGUGAGGCGCCCGGGAGGUGCCACCACAGGUGAUGCUGAUGCUGCUGGUCCGGGGAACACACUAUGAGAACCUCCGGUCUAAAGUGGUGCUCCCAACACCCCUAGCAGGGAGGAGCACUGAAGCCUUUGUGAGCGAGUUCCCGGCCCCCGACACCGGGAUCCGCUGGCGGCGAAGCGACGAGGCGCUGCGCGUGAACGUGGGUGGCGUGCGGCGGCAGCUGAGCGCGCGCGCCCUGGCGCGCUUCCCGGGCACGCGGCUGGGCCGCCUGCAGGCCGCGGCGUCGGAGGAGCAGGCGCGGCGCCUGUGCGACGACUACGACGAGUCGGCGCGCGAAUUCUACUUCGACCGGCACCCGGGCUUCUUCCUGGGCCUGCUGCACUUCUACCGCACUGGCCACCUGCACGUGCUCGACGAGCUGUGCGUCUUCGCCUUUGGCCAGGAGGCCGACUACUGGGGCCUGGGCGAGAACGCGCUUGCCGCGUGCUGCCGCGCGCGCUACCUGGAGAGGCGGCUGAGCCAGCCGCACGCCUGGGACGAGGACAGCGACACGCCGAGCAGCGUGGACCCGUGCCCUGACGAGAUCUCCGACGUGCAACGAGAGCUGGCGCGCUAUGGCGCGGCGCGCUGUGGCCGCCUGCGCCGCCGCCUCUGGCUGACCAUGGAGAACCCGGGCUACUCGCUGCCGAGCAAGCUCUUCAGCUGCGUCUCCAUCAGCGUGGUGCUCGCCUCCAUCGCCGCCAUGUGCAUCCACAGCCUGCCCGAGUACCAGGCCCGCGAGGCGGCGGCCGCCGUGGCUGCGGUGGCCGCGGGCCGCAGCCCGGAAGGCGUGCGCGACGACCCGGUGCUGCGACGCCUCGAGUACUUCUGCAUCGCCUGGUUCAGCUUCGAGGUGUCGUCGCGCCUCCUGCUGGCGCCCAGUACGCGCAACUUCUUCUGCCACCCGCUCAACCUCAUCGACAUUGUGUCUGUGCUGCCCUUCUAUCUCACGCUGCUGGCUGGUGUGGCACUGGGCGACCAGGGCGGCUCGGGCGGCAAGGAGUUCGGCCACCUGGGCAAGGUGGUGCAGGUGUUCCGCCUCAUGCGCAUCUUCCGCGUACUCAAGUUGGCGCGCCACUCCACCGGGCUGCGCUCGCUGGGAGCCACGCUCAAGCACAGCUACCGUGAGGUGGGCAUCUUGCUGCUGUACCUGGCCGUGGGUGUGUCAGUGUUCUCUGGUGUGGCCUACACAGCUGAAAAGGAGGAGGACGUGGGCUUUAACACCAUCCCAGCCUGCUGGUGGUGGGGCACAGUGAGCAUGACCACCGUGGGCUAUGGGGAUGUGGUGCCAGUGACGGUGGCUGGCAAGCUGGCAGCCUCAGGCUGCAUCCUAGGGGGCAUCCUGGUGGUAGCGCUCCCCAUCACCAUCAUCUUCAACAAGUUCUCCCACUUCUACCGGCGCCAGAAGGCUCUGGAGGCAGCCGUGCGCAACAGCAACCACCGGGAGUUUGAGGACUUGCUGAGCAGCGUUGAUGGCGUGUCGGAGGCAUCUCUGGAGACAUCCCGAGAAACCUCUCAGGAGGGACGGCCUGCAGAUCUAGAGAGCCAGGCCCCCAGUGAGCCUCCACACCCUCAGAUGUAUUAAAACCAGGGAUCCGUGACCCCCUGCCAUGCCCCUACAGUCAGCUGAGACAGCAGAGAUUCCUCCCCUGCUAAAGUUCUUCAUGGUAGUGAGCCUCUCACGAUCACUCAUGCUGUCCUGAGAAAUGAGAUUCAAAAGCUGCAUUCCUUCCUCCAAAGGCUCAGGGCAGGACAGUGCUACCUUAGAUUCUAUGAGAUUCUGCAAGCAACUCAGAAAGCUUUAUAAACCUGCCUCCAAGCCAUUCAUGAAGCAGGCAUGAGCCAGAGGGAGGAAGUUGAAAGGAUGCUAAUGAUUCCUGAGCACCUCCUGCACAUGAGCCAGGUCAUGUUUGGCCUUGUGUUGGAGAAAGAUAAUUAUCCCCACUUCACAGAUGAGGAAACCGAGGCUAAGAGAUGAGCAAGGCCUCUCCCAGAUGUCACAAUUAGAAGUGGCAGAGUCAGGUUUGGAAUCUGGGCUUAUUGGUGGGCCUGGAGCAAUGCUCCAUCAACUCCAUCUUUCUUCUGCCCUCAUGAAGUUUGCAUGUGGUUUUUGGUGAUUUUUGGAUCCCCAGAGUUGAUCCACAAGAUAAGAAAUCCCUUUCAGAGCCAGGGAAGGGUCCAGACAGGAGAUUUGGAUAUAGGAGCUCCGGAUCUCAGCUGUGGUUCCUUUCUAGGAGCAUCCAACAGGAGUCAGCAAUCAAAGAUGAGUCCUGGAGGGAAGGAGGAUGAGUCCUGGGAGGAAGUACCGUAGCAUUGUACUUGCCUCUUUAGCUGGUAUGCAAGAUUUGCUAAGCAAUAAUCUUCUGACCUUCCUCUCAGGGUUGAUGUGAGAGAAAGAAAAUCUGAAGGGCCCCUGGCCUGAGAUCUAGACAACCUAGCUGCGCCGGGACCUGCUGUGUAAAGUGGUCCAAUCCCUGCCCCCAAGUCCAGAUUCCAACCCCUCUGUCAAAUGGUCAGAAUCUGUGACCCAGAGGGCAAUGAAAGCCAAGGAGAGCAGAGGGGUGUCUAACUUAAAGCCAGUUCAGCUCUGAAAUGUUGGUGGCAGAGGGCUGACAUAUAUGAAUACUGGCUUCCCAGACCCUCCCCCAACAGUCUGACCUUGGCAAUUCCUUUCUGCCCAUCACACAGACGUCCAGCCCUACCUAGAGUACCCAUCCAGGCCCAUGUGUGAGAGUCCUCUCCCUUCUGGCCAGCUCCAGCCCCCUCAUCCUUGCUGGGGGCAUAUCUCUCAUACCCACCUGCCAAAUCUUCUCUUCACUUGCUGAGAAAGUCAGAGGAGGGGAUCCAGUAGCCCUUUCCACAUACUGUGGCUACAGCACCCAGCACUGUGCUGUUGUCUGACUGUGGCUGUCUCUGUCCCAUCACCUUGAGCCUCAAGAUGGAAGACAUUGUCUGCUUGAACUCUGGGCUUGGUGCAGAGCAGGUGUUUGGUAAAUGUUGAAUAGAUCAACCAAUUCCUACAGCCCACUAGGUGCCAAGCUCAGAGGGGAAAAAAAGAUAGCCAGAGAGAGACCUGGCCCUCAAAAAGGUGUGAACAAGACUGAAAAGGAGGUCCAUUCAGCUCCGCCUGCCCUGUCCCUGCUUGGUUCUUGAAGUUUUUACAAUAUAUUCCUUGUAGGUUCUUCACUCGCUCACUCAACAAAUACCCAUUGGAAGAGUUAAACUGGGGCUUCGUGUGUGGCCUGCAGUCAUGUUUUGGCUUAGUCCAACAGUAUUUUUAUUAUAUUUUAAGAAUCUGAAUGCCUUUGCAUGAGGCAUGUACUCUCAGGUUCCCCAUAGUGUCUCCCCCGCUGCCACCCACAAACAGACACACAUGCUGUUGUGUUAUGCCCAGCCACUCUGAUUUACUGGCUUCUGACUUGUGGACUGCUUACUAGUCUCAAGAGAUACAGUGGUGGAAAAAUAUAUCCCUAUACUCAUGAAGCUUACCGACUAGUAGGGAAGAUAGACUCUAAUGCAAUAAUCACAUAAAUAUAUCAUAGUGAGCUCUACUAAGUACAGGUGUGUAUAAUGUAUCAGGGACCAUGGCCCGAGAAAGUGAGAAGGCUUUCCUGAGCAAGUGACAAUCUAACCUGCCAUCCAAAUGAUAAAUUGCUAAUUAAGCAAAUGAGGUUCCGGGGGGGGGGGGGUAAUCCAAGCAGAGAGAAUGGCAUGUGUGAAGGUGUGUGUCAUACACAGGGCCUAGUACAUAGUGGGCCCCCUACAUACGCAUGGAUUCUGGGUCUCCAGAUUGGAACAGAGGAUGGAGCUAAGCAGGAAAGGGCCUCCCUUGAAUUCACCACACACAUACCAGCCCUUCUGCACACUCUGCUCCUUACAUCUAGGCCCAGCUGAACCUAGGUUAGGGGCAGAUCAGAAGGGCUUAAUGUACCACCCUUAUGGUCUUGCGGAACACACCAAGAAACCCGAUGGCUUCCAUAUUUUCUGACCCUACAAACAGGUCCCUAAUACUGGUGUGGAGAAAGCUCAAGAGAGAAUCAUCUGGCCUGAGCCCACCAUGAGGCUGUUUGUGGUCCUGGCAGAAAAGCAACAACUCGCUCCCCUUCCCAUGUAUCAAUGAAAACCAUUAUGCAAAUAAAGAGCUGGGCCCCAGGACGUGUUUCUGCUUGUGUGGAGAUGGCUCCCUGACAUGCUGUCUGAGUGACUGGAGAGGGUGGGCAAUAUGUGGAGUGACUUGGAAUCCACAUUCUCAGGCUCCAGUCCUGGAUUUGGCACAGACUUUGUCCGUGGUUGUGCCAGCCAGAACAGGUUGCAAGUGACAGGAAUUCAGUUGGAACAAACUUGGUCAAAAAGGUUAAUUUAUAAAAUAAUUAAAGUGAGGAAUGACUGUUAACAAUUAGAGUUUGGGGGUAUAAGCAACAGAAACUGACAUUAAGCAAAAAAUGAAUUUAUUGGAAGAUAUAUUAGUUUCCAGCAGCUGCUGUAACAAAUUCAGACAAACUUGAUGGCUUAAAACAGUAGAAAUGUAUUCUCUGACAGUUCUGGAGGCCAGAAAUCCAAAAUCAAGAUGUCAGCAGGGCCACCCUCCACUCUGGAGGCUCUAGGGGGAAACCCUCUCCUUUUCUCUUCUAGUUUGUGGUGGCUGCCACCAUUCUUGGCUUUCCUUGGCUGUGGCUGCAUCACUCAAGUCUCUGCCUCUGAUCUCACUUCACUGUCUGUGUAUGUCAAAUCUUCCAAUGCCUCUGUCUUAUAAGGACACUUUUGAUGACAUUUAGGCCCACCAGGAUAAUCCAAGAUGACCUCAUCUCAAGAUCCUUAACCACAUUUGCAAAAAGACCCUUUCCCAAAUAAGGUAACAGUUACAGGUUCCAGAGAUUAAAAUAUGGACAUAUGUUUGGGGCCACCAUCUGGCCCACUACAGAAGGGUAUCUGUGAAAUUCACCUGACCAAAGGAAGAGCUGACUGACGAGGCCUCAGGAAAUACAGGAAUGAGGGGAGCUCUAGGGACCUCAGUUGCAAGACUCAUGAACCUUCUGUUUAAGACACUGCCACCCACAUGAUCUGCCUCCAGUCACCUUCCUUCCCUGUAUCAUCCUGCUCACAGUUCCAAUCCCAGGAGAGAGUCUGAUUUCACUUGAGUCAUAUGCCUCUCUCUUGGGAGGGAUGGAGGGCAAGGUACCGUAUUCGUAUUUGCGGCAGUUGGAGGAAAGGUACUUACCCAAAGAAAAGACCACGUAUUGUCACCAAAA